CAGAGGGCUGGAAAUAACACCUUGGAAUAACCUUGGAGACCCGGCGGCGCAGCCCUCGCUUUAGGGUCGGGUAUUUAAGGGAGCGCGUCCCGGCGAGGGGCACACACCUCCUCACCCUCUGCAGCCAUGAACACUCGCACCCUGCUGGUGGUGCUGCUGGUGUGCAGCGCCUUGCUGGCCAGCACCGGCGACACCACCACCGAGGCCUCGCCGGUGCCGGAGCCUGAGCCCCAGCCAUUGGUCGGAGCCGCAGCCAGAAUCGCAGCCAGAGCCGUAACGAGAGCCGUAUCCAGAGCCAGACCCAAACCCAAACCAAAACCCAGACCAAGACCCCCACGCUUACCCAGGCCAGAUCGGAGACCAAGACCAGGCCGGAGGUGACCGCCCGCUGAGGCUCUUCCUUCCCUGAGGUGGCUACGUGUGUCAAAGUGCUGACCCCCUCCACCAUGACCUGACCCGCACGAACACCGCCAACGGACCACGGACAACUCCCAUCUUAUGCUUUCAUUGUAUUUACUCCUCAAUAAAGGCAUGCAGUUCUCCCGC